AUGAUUGGCGGCUCGACGUCCCGCCUCCAGCGCUCCCGGCUCCGGGCUGCCGGGCUGGGCUCGGUUCAGGAGGCGCUGCGGUACCAGAACCAGGACUUCAGGGUUCUGCAGGAGGACUGUCUGCACAGCGGGGUUCUGUUCCAGGACCCCAUGUUCCCCGCAGAACCCCCCGCACUGGGCUUCAAGGAGCUCGCCCCCUACAGCGCCAAGACCAGAGGCGUGGAGUGGAAAAGACCGCCGGAGCUGACGGAGAACCCGCAGUUCAUUGUGGGCGGAGCCUCGAGGACGGACGUGUGUCAAGGCGCGCUGGGAGACUGCUGGCUGUUAGCAGCGAUUGGCUCUCUGACUCUGAACGAGCGUCUGCUGCACCGCGUCGUUCCUCUGGAGCAGAGCUUCACGCAUCAGUACGCCGGCAUCUUCCACUUCCAGUUCUGGCAGUUCGGGGAGUGGGUGGACGUUGUGAUCGACGACCGGCUGCCGGUGAAAGACGGAGAGCUGCUGUUCGUUCACUCUGCUGAGGGGAGGGAGUUCUGGAGCGCUCUGCUGGAGAAAGCCUACGCCAAGCUGUGCGGGUCCUACGAGGCUCUCUCCGGCGGCAGUACUUCUGAGGGUUUUGAGGAUUUCACCGGCGGAGUGUGUGAGAGCUUCGAUCUGAAGAAAGCCCCUCAGGAUCUUCAGAGGAUCAUCGGCCGGGCACUGAGCCGAGGCUCGCUGCUCGGCUGCUCCAUCGACAUCAGCAGUGCUGUGGACAUGGAGUCCGUGACCUUCAGGAAGCUGGUGAAAGGUCACGCCUAUUCCGUGACGUCCCUCAGACAGGUGGAUUACCGAGGUCGUCAGGAGCUUCUGAUCCGGAUCAGGAACCCCUGGGGCCAGGUGGAGUGGACCGGAGCCUGGAGCGACAGCUCCUCUGAGUGGAGCAGCGUUGAUUCUGCAGAGAAAGAUGAGCUGCUCUGUCAGAUGGAGGACGGAGAGUUCUGGAUGUCCUUCCAGGAGUUCCUGCGUCAGUUUUCCCGUCUGGAGAUCUGUAACCUGACGCCAGACGCUCUCAGCUCGGAAGCUUCUAGCAGCUGGAGCUGCUCUCUGUUCGAGGGGGGCUGGAGGAGGGGCAGCACCGCGGGGGGGUGCAGGAACCAUCCCAACACGUUCUGGAUCAACCCUCAGUUCAAGGUGUGUCUGCUGGAGGAGGACGACGACCCUGAGGACGAGGAGAAGGCCUGCAGCCUGCUGGUGGCUCUGAUGCAGAAGGACCGGCGCCGCCACCGCCGCCUCGGAGCGGACACGCACACUAUCGGGUUCGCUGUGUACCAGAUCCCUGAGGAGUUGUCCGGCUGUCCCAGCGUCCACAUGAAGAAGGACUUCUUCCUGCGCCACUCGUCCUGCGCUCGCUCUGAAACCUUCAUCAACCUGAGAGAGGUGAGCGCUAGGCUCCGCCUCCCGCCAGGUGAGUACCUGGUGGUGCCGUCCACCUUCGAGCCGUCACAGGAGGCCGACUUCGUGCUGAGGGUCUUCACGGAGAGACGAGCCGACACAACGGAGAUGGACGACAAUGUGGAGGCUAACUUAGAAGAAGAGGUGGAGAUCUCGGAGGACAACGUUGAUGAUUCCUUCAGGUCGAUGUUCGCUCAGCUGUCCGGAGACGACAUGGAGAUCUCAGUGCGAGAGCUGAGGACCAUCCUGAACCGAGUCGUGUCCAAACACAGAGACCUGCAGACGGACGGCUUCAGCAGCGAGUCGUGCAGUGCCAUGGUCAGCCUCAUGGACAAAGACGGCAGCUUCCGCCUCGGCCUUCUGGAGUUCCAGAUCCUCUGGAACAAGAUCCGGAAGUGGCUGGGAAUCUUCCGGGAGUUGGAUCUGGAUAAAUCAGGAUGCAUGAGUUCCUACGAGAUGCGGCUGGCUCUGGAGAACGCAGGCUUCAAACUGAACAACCAGCUGCACCAGAUGCUGGUCGCUCGAUACGCCGACAGCGAGGUCAUCGACUUCGACAACUUCACCUGCUGCCUGGUCAAACUGGAGGCCAUGUUCAGAGCGUUCCAGGCGCUGGAUGGAGGCGGGACAGGAAGUGUGGAGCUGAGCCUCUCUGAGUGGCUCUGCAUCAACAUGAGCGGCUGAACAUCCACACAGGAGGGAGGA